AGUCGAUUGCCGGCGUAUAACACAAGACGGAAUCAUGCAUUGUGCUCCUCCAGAUCGGUAGCGCCAUCCGUGUAGCAUCGAUCUUCUUGCUGCACGGCAUGGUCGACGAAGAAACAUGGCGGUCCUUCGCUGCGUUGCUCGAUGCAGGAGUCAAGGCUCUCUUUACCCCUCAGUCCUACUCCUAUGCGUCUCAUUCUCGAAAACAGAGAUGCGAGCGAGCAAGAAGAACAGAGAUUCGUGCGAUGAGGAUUUCAGCUACGAUCUAGACUUGCUAGAUGCGGAGAUUGAGAUGAUCAUCAAAGAACACGAUGCCCUCGUCGAGGCGGUCAAUGCGUUACGAGAUCGACUGGCUCGACAAAAGUGGGGUGACCCUCUGGCCUGCGUUUGCGACCGCUCACGUUCCCUUGCUACGAUCAGAGCCUGCCCAUCGUGCUCGAGGCGAUUCAAGAAACUUGCCGCCCUCAAGCAGAGAAAGGUGGCAAAGACGUGAUCGCCUCUCACUGACCGCGCAUAGACGCGCAUCAGAGUCGGACAGAAGGCAGGAGCGCGCGCCCUCAUCAUCUAGCAUUCCACAUUGCAAUGUCAUCUGCGCUCUUGUCCCGCAAGCUCUACUCUCCGCUGAUUUCAUACGCCACAAGCGUGGAUAACGCGAUAUGACAAGAUGACACUCCGG